GGGAGGUAGGGAAGGGGAACUGUUAAAUCGACGGAAGUACUCUCCUCCGGCUCCGCUCCCAGGGAAUCCAAAGAGGGCUACUUUCUCUUUAAAUGCAAAUCAUCUCCAGCCAGCUUAGCUCCCUCCAGCUCCAGUUCCCCUGAGGAGAGAGAAAGCAGGGUGAAGGGAGAUUGCAAAGAAGCACUGUUUCACACUCCAGACCCCAAACUUCCAGGCACAUCUCAGGCGGAUCACAGUCGCUCUGGCUGCCGCUUCCAUCAGGUCUCUUACUGGGUCACACUGCUGCUACAUGGAGAGAAAAAGAGUUCUGUCUCCCACCACCACCACCCCCCACCCCACCCCCGAGCCCCACUGAUGCCACCCAGCUGUUCCAUGCCAGCUUAAACGCUUAAUGUUCCGAUUUGACCAUCGCCCUCUCGGAAGUAAAGUGAGGGAGCUGAGACCUCCCCUGGAGAGGACCUCAGCAGACCAGAUACCUAGGUGAUGGGGCUGUAGGGGAGUCAAGCUAAGCUAAUCAAGUCAGAGUUACAUUGUUGGAGGUCUAGCCCCUAAAGACUUUCUAACUAGAAAAAGAAGAGACUAGAAGCUGUCCUGGGAACUUCUGGGCAGCCCUGGCAUGUGUAGUUGAAGUGAAGUGGAAGAGAGGCCAGUGAUGAGCCGGCUAUUCCUGGUCCAUAUGAUUGACACCAGGGUAUUUCCAGGUGUCCCUGCCUUACCUUGGUUGCACCUCAUGCAGUUAGUCAGUAUCCGCUGCCAUAUACAGACCGUUGCCUAGCAAAUGGCCUCCUGAUCCUCAGCUUGCUCCCCUAGUCACAUCCACCCUGUCUCCUGAGCAUCUUCCUCUACAGCCCCAGGCUCUGGGCUGUAGUGACAGGAAAACAGCAAGAUGACCCUGGUCUGGGCCAGCCCUCUCCAGCAGGCAGAUGGGGCUGUCAGGAAGAAAAGGGCUUUGCUGGCCUUGGGAGGUCCUUCAGAUGCAUAGCUACAGUCCAGCAGCAGGCUGGCAUAUGACCCUGUACAGACAAGAGGACAGAGCUCCUGACUGAUGGACAAAGAUACAUCUGAAGACCCUUCCUCUCAGACGAAAGAGGGUGCUGAGUGAAGGGAUGAUUUUGCCCCCUUCCUUCCCAGACCUGAGGUCCAACACACCACCCAAUGGAAGACAAAAAGAAGAAACGGAGUCCUAAGCCCUGCCUGACCCAACCAGCACAGGCCCCAGGCACACUGCGCAGAGUCCCUGUGCCCACCAGCCACAGUGGCUCCUUGGCUCUGGGACUCCCUCAUUUGCCAUCACCCAAGCAGCGAGCCAAGUUCAAGAGAGCAGGCAAGGAGAAAUGCCGACCGGUGCUGGCUGGAGGUGGAGGCGGCUCCGCAGGCACACCCCUGCAACACUCCUUCCUGACAGAGGUGACAGAUGUUUAUGAGAUGGAGGGAGGACUGCUGAACUUGCUCAAUGAUUUUCAUUCAGGCCGCCUGCAGGCCUUUGGGAAGGAAUGUUCCUUCGAGCAGCUGGAGCAUGUUCGGGAGAUGCAGGAGAAGUUGGCCAGACUGCACUUCAGCCUGGAUGUGUGUGGGGAGGAAGAGGACGAGGAAGAAGAGGAGGAUGGGGUCACAGAAGGCUUGCCUGAGGAGCAGAAGAAGACAAUGGCUGACCGCAACCUGGACCAGCUGCUUAGCAAUCUGGAAGAUCUUAGCAAUUCCAUACAGAAGCUACACUUGGCAGAGAAUGCUGAGCCUGAGGACCAGCCAGCUGCGUAGGUGUCGCCUAAACUCUUCUGCUACUCUCCUCUUCAAACUGUGAAUUUUACGGAUUCGGAAGCCCCUUGGUGCUAUGGGGUCGGGGGCACUGGUUGGAAUUAAACAAACAGAAAAGCGA